AUGGUGUCGACGACGACCAAUGUCUCAUGUCCAUGCUGUGUGUUCCUGAAGGAUGACUUGUUUCUACCGCCACUUGUGGCAAAGAAAGGGGAAGAGUUGCAGGCAGAAGAAGGAUCAACCAUUGAGACUGGAGUUGGAGUUCCGAGCCCCACGGAGGCCCUAAAAUGUAUUCAAGAUUAUGCCCAACAAGUCCAAGAGCAAAAGGGGUUGACACCGCAAAGUCCAGCAAUCCUGCUUGUCGAUACUCACAAUCAUGCUCAUUUGAGACGGGAACGACACGAUGCGUAUGUGAUGCCAACUGGAAAAUCACAGAGCUCAUCGGCAGUGUUCGUAGUUUCGUUGACACUGGCAGUCGAACCCGCCGAUUGGGAGGAUGCCUUGCAGUAUGCUGCCACUUGCAGUACUAGUAGUAGUAGUGUGACUGAGGACAGUGAGCAAUCUACGCCACUCCAAAUGGCCGACAGGACACUCAUGGGAUUGGGAAUCCAUCCUUGGUACUUGUCAGAGCAAGUCCAAGCCAGCGACAAUGAUUGGAGACAGCGUUUGGAGACACUGAUUCAGGAACAUCCGUCUUGUGUAGUGGGAGAAAUUGGACUCUGCAAAAUGGCAAAAUGUGCUCGGAGUCACCCCGAAGGCAAGGCAAGAGGCUUUGAAUUCCAACGGGAGGUACUGCAAGAGCAGCUGACUUUGGCCACCAAGUACAGGCGCCCUGUGUCCAUUCAUUGUGUGCAACAACACGGAGUCUUUCUCGACAUGCUCAAGGAAAUUACGAUGCAGGCAAAGGCUGAACCUGAAAAACCGCCAUCUAGCUUUGUACCACCCACCAUGGCCAUGCACUCGUUCACAGGAACAGCACAUCAUGUGAAAGCUCUAUUGCAAUGGGAAGCUACGCUCUUUGGUGAAGGCCCAAAUGACAGCAAAAAGAAGAAAAAGAAAAAGACCAACAACCAACAACAAAAAGACGAAGAGAACCACGCAAUCAAUAAUCAACCCCGCCCACCCCUACUCUACUUUGGGUUUUCUCACAUUGUCAACUAUGACAUGUGUACAUCGGACAAAGCCAGGCGACAAGGACGAGAGGCGAUCCGGGCCGUUCCUCUGGAUCGUCUCUUGGCUGAAUCGGAUGUGCACCACCCUCAAGAUGUCCCCGCUGGGACGGCUGGGGCCAUUGCCUAUCUUGCCUCGGCAUUAGAGUUGCCAAUUCCACAAGUGGCCGAGAUCACCGCACGAAAUGGGCUGGACUUUUUGCAGUCGCACCUUGGCAGACCCAACUAG